GGUGUGUGCGUGGCCCAAUCCGUCAAGAUCCCACGGGAGCCCAAGCCUGGAGAGUUCGACAAAAUCAUCCGCCGCCUCCUGGAGACUUCCCACGCACGGGCGGUCAUCAUCUUCGCUAACGAGGAUGACAUCAGAAGAGUGCUGGAAGCAGCCAAGAGGGCGAACCAGACAGGGCAUUUCAUCUGGAUGGGCUCAGACAGUUGGGGCUCCAAGAUCUCCCCAGUGCUGCACCUGGAGGAAGUGGCUGAGGGCUCUGUCACCAUCCUGCCCAAGCGUGUGUCUGUCAAAGGUUUCGAUCGCUACUUCUCCAGCAGGACACUGGACAACAACCGCCGCAACAUCUGGUUUGCUGAAUUUUGGGAGGAAAACUUCCACUGCAAGCUGAGCCGACACGCGCUGAAGAAGGGCAGCAGCAUCAAGAAGUGCACCAACCGGGAGCGGAUUGGCCAGGACUCCUCAUACGAACAGGAGGGCAAAGUGCAGUUUGUCAUCGACGCCGUCUACGCCAUGGGACACGCUCUGCACAACAUGCACAAGAACCUGUGCCCCGGCAAGGUGGGGCUGUGCCCCAGGAUGGACCCGGUGGAUGGCGUGGAGCUGCUCAAGUACAUCCGCAACGUCAACUUCUCAGGCAUUGCUGGGACUCCAGUGACCUUCAAUGAGAAUGGAGAUGCACCAGGACGUUACGACAUCUACCAAUACCAGAUCAGGAACUCCACUCCUGAGUACAAAGUCAUCGGGCACUGGACCGACCACCUCCACCUGAAGGUGGAGAACAUGCUGUGGCCAGGGGGUGGGAGCCAGCUCCCCAGCUCCAUCUGCAGCCUGCCCUGCAAGCCUGGCGAGAGAAAGAAGCUGGUGAAAGGCAUCCCCUGCUGCUGGCACUGCGAGCGCUGCGAUGGCUACCAGUACCAACUGGAUGAGUUCCACUGCAAGCGGUGCCACUUCAACGAGCGGCCCAACGAGAACCACACCAGCUGCACGCCCAUCCCCAUCAUCAAGUUGGAGUGGAGCUCCCCGUGGGCUGUGGUACCCGUCUUCAUUGCCAUCGUGGGCAUCAUCGCCACCCUCUUCGUGGUGGUCACCUUCGUGCGCUACAACGAUACGCCCAUCGUCAAGGCGUCGGGGCGGGAGCUCAGCUAUGUCCUGCUGACGGGCAUCUUCCUCUGCUAUGCCACCACCUUCCUCAUGAUCGCCGAGCCUGAUCUGAGCACGUGCUCCUUGCGACGCAUCUUCCUCGGGCUUGGCAUGAGCAUCAGCUACGCCGCGCUGCUCACCAAAACCAACCGCAUCUACCGCAUCUUCGAGCAGGGCAAGAAGUCGGUGAGUGCCCCGCGGUUCAUCAGCCCCGCUUCCCAGUUGGUCAUCACCUUCAGCCUCAUCUCGCUGCAGCUCGUGGGCGUCUGCAUCUGGUUCAUCGUGGACCCGUCCCACUCUGUCAUUGACUACGAGGACCAGCGGACUACAAACCCCCACUUUGCUCGGGGCAUCCUCAAAUGUGACAUUUCGGACCUCUCCCUCAUCUGUUUGCUUGGGUACAGCAUGCUUCUCAUGGUCACCUGCACUGUGUAUGCUAUUAAGACCCGUGGGGUCCCGGAGACCUUUAACGAAGCCAAACCCAUCGGGUUCACCAUGUACACUACUUGCAUUGUGUGGUUAGCCUUCAUCCCUAUAUUUUUUGGGACGUCGCAGUCAGCAGAGAAGAUGUACAUCCAGACCACGACGCUCACCAUCUCGGUGAGUCUGAGUGCCUCAGUGUCCCUGGGCAUGCUCUACAUGCCCAAGGUGUACAUCAUCCUCUUCCACCCGGAGCAGAAUGUCCCCAAGCGCAAGCGGAGCCUGAAGGCGGUGGUGACGGCGGCCACCAUGUCCAACAAGUUCUCUCAGAAAGGAGGCUUCCGUCCCAAUGGAGAGGCCAAAUCAGAGCUGUGUGAAAACCUGGAAACACAAGCACUGUCCACCAAGCAGACCUACGUCAGCUACAGCAACCAUGCGAUUUAACUGCAGCCAUCACAACCGCCUGGCACAGAGGGAGGCUGCGGGGGGAGCCGACCCCAGCGCUUACAGCAGAGCCCAGCGGGGAGCAGGACAGGGAGGUGACAGUGGGAUCCUGCUCUGGGCCGGGCUGGGGGCUGAGCUCCCAUUGGAAGAUGAUCAACAGCAGCAAAAAAUAAAGUAAAAAUCAAGAAACAAUCGAAAUUAAGCACCGACCACCGUGACGAUGCAUGCCUCCCCACGGAGGAACAGUGGAGCAGAGGGGAUGGAGCGCGCGGAGGAGGGGACAGACUGCCGUGAAUCUUUGGGUUUUUUUCCUGUAUCUUGGUAAAAAAAACCAACAUUUUCCCUGUUCUGGAAUUCGUGAGGUUGUUUGUGGUUGUGCAGAACCUUCUGUUUUCUUUCUUUUGUUUUAUUUUUAAUAAAUUCUCCCGUUUUCUUUUGUUCCCAUCUUCCUCCGUCCCCCUUCACUCUCCCUUCUCCAACCAAAUUCUCUAUGUUGCAAAAAGGAAAAAGAAAUAAAAAAUACAUAAAAUUAAAAAAAAAUAAUUAAAAAUAACUGGAGAAUGAAAUAAAAAUAAAGUAAAACCUAGACUGUGUUCAAAGUGCUGAUUUCUAUAGGUGGUUACUUAAUGUAUGUGAUGACCAUAUGGAUUGAAAUAUGUCUGCUUUAUGUACCGACCAGUCAAAAAAAACAAAAACACACACACACACACAGAAUUACAAAGUUCAGUGCCUGGAUGUUUAUGAAUUAUUCGAUGACUGUGUAGAGCAUGAUCAUUUUUAUACGAGGAGAUUUCUAAUAA